AUGACGCCUCCGCGACAAGCAGAAGCCGUUCCGACUCGCGCGUCGCUUGACGGGUCGCUCCACCGCUCCACAGACGCCUGUGGCUCUGCUGCGGUACCUCAACUGAACGUUAAGAGUCUUGGCAAGAUGCUGACGCCCUCUGCGUCUCCUGUAUGUGCGUCUGUCAUGGAAAAGAAGGCAGCGCGCUCUCGUAACGACGUCGUCGACUUUGCCGCUUUGUACCAACGAUCGUCGCCUUACUCUGAGAUCCCAGCAACGCUGCACAAGCUGCAAAAAGAGCUGGCGAUAGUCGCACGUGAGUGUCAGAUGCAGCAGCAAGCACAGAGCUCGACGGCGGACGCUACCGGUGUCGGGACGGCCAGGUUCGUUCCGGACCAAUUGCAGCAGUUUCUGACGACGCGCGAGGGUGGAAGUGCUGAUAGUGCUGCGGGAAAGGAGCAGAUGACGCAGUCGCAUCCUCCGAGGGCUGCAGAAGCCAAGGGGAAGCCCAUGCGUCGCUUUGUGGCCUCGUCAGCCAUGCCGUUCGUCACGAUGGCAGCGACUAGCAACAAGCUAGAUGGUCUCACGGACUCUUGCGAGGAAGGCAGUGAUGCUCAGUACCACAAGGUGCAGCAGCUUAUGUGGGAGGACCAGAUUAUCUGGGGAAUUGACUUCCAGGCAGCUGCUAAAAACGACGGAGCCCGAAAAAAAGAGGAGAAACAAGUGGAGAUUGAGAAUUCAGUGGGUGAAGUCACUGUGAUACAAGCAAGUGAGAACAAAGCUGUGAAUCGAGAGGGUAAUGGGGGCAAGAGAAUAGAGUUUGGUGGCGGAAAAGCAAAUGUGCAGACGUACAAGGAGCUGCGUGCGGCAAGAGCUAGUGAAGAAGCUGUAGUAAAGGCACCGACGGCGGUUAGCGCGGAUAACUUUGAUGCGACGAAACCGCGAAACUAUCGAUGGGAGCUGCAGGGCACUUUGAAAAAGAAACGUAGCGAACAUGUAGUGCGUGGAGUGAGUCAGGAGAACAGUCAACACGAGACAUUACCGUGUCCGUUGAAUAAGGAGCUGCUGGAUGACUCGUGGGUUGCGGCAAUCGGCUGGAGGUCUACACAAGACAUGCCAGAGAGCAAGCUGGUGCUCGACGACAAUGAUGCCUCACUCAUAUACUCUGUUUCUCAGAUGGAGGAUGUACGUCCUACGCUGCGGAUUCCUGAACGAAAGCUAGGAGCUGCAGAACAAAGGUUGGCGCAGCUGGAUAAGCAACGUAUUGAAAAGAAGCAACGUAUUGAUGAGGUAAUGGGCAAUCUCGAAUUUGGUGAAGAGACAGCAGAAGGUCGGUUGGGUACUGAAGGUAGUGGCAAGAAAUCAAAGGAUACGCGUGUAGUGAAGAAUAUUGGCUACGUGCAUCACUCGCUGCCAGCCAUAAAGCUUUCGCUCACAAAGCCUGAACUGCCUAAGACGAAGUUGCGUGAUUUCCAUAGACCGCGCGGAAAGUUUAAAAUAAACGAGCGGCUAGACUUCUUGCCACCGCCUCCAGGUGCCGCCAAGUUAGCACCACAGGAGGAGAGCGCCAUGGUUACACAAAUUAAGAAGAGUUCCGACUUGAAUCCGACUGCUGGUGGCAAGUUGAUUCUUAUCGAGUACACAGAGCAGCGCCCACCGAUGCUGUCCAACCCAGGUAUGGCGUCUCGUAUUCUCCACUAUUGGCGGCCACCGGAGGAUACGUCGGCUAGUUUGGGUAUCUUGGGAAAGAAAAAAGCCCGCAAAACACGCCCAAAACCACCGGAUAUGGAAAUGGGCCAGGUCAUUACGCUUGGGGACCACGAUGAGUCCCCCUUUGUCGGUGAUAUCCCACCGGGGCGAGUGGUAACGUCACUGAAUUCGAAGCUAUACAAAGUUCCCAUAUUCCCUCAUAAACCCACUGUUCCAUUUGCUACAAAUGCGGAAGCACGCGAGCGCAAUAAUUCGGAUUUAUUCCUUAUGUGUCGAUCUGUGACAAAGGGUAAGAAAAAUGGUGCAACUGAUAAAUCGGGUGGACUUGGAGUUUCAACAACUGUGUAUAUCAUGGAGUUGCCGACGGUCUUUGUAGCAGGUCAAAUUGAACCUCAAAUUGAAGUUCCGGCGCCAAACUCUCGCAGCGCGAAUGAGUUUAUCCGCCCGUACAUGUCGUUUCACAUUCUUCGUCUAUUCAAGAAAGCAAGUGACGGCGAACGACUGAAGAUUGAGGACAUUGCGCGUGCAUUUCCUAAUCAAUCAGGCACUGCUAUCCGCAAACGGAUGAAGGAAGUCGCUACAUUUGAGCGUGGAGGCAACGACUCAGGUUGGUGGAAGAAAAAGCCAGUUUCACAACUGCAAAGCGAAGAGGAAAUCCGUGCAAGCAUUCCGCCUGAAAGCGUGUGUCUUUACGAGAGCAUGAUGUCUGGUCAUCGGCGGCUGCUCGACAUAGGCCUGACCAAGUUGUUUACACCGUCUGGUGUGAAUGGAGCUAUCAACUAUAUGAUCCGACGUCUGGAACUGCGAAAGAAUGCAUUGUCCGCUCGUCUUGUGCCUGCAAAUUUAGAGAGACGUGCAAGAGAGAAGGUUCAAGCAGAAUUGUGGAAGAAGGAUCCCGUUGUGCGCAAGCUCGAGACCGACAUACAAGUUGCUCGCUACAUUAACGAGCAGUUACAGCUUACACCGUGGAAUCUAACGAACAACUACGUAGAGUGUCACUUGCAGGGUAAAGGUUCAGGCAUGCUGCAGCUUGGUGGAAUAGGCGAUCCUACUGGUCGCGGUGAGGGAUUCAGUUUUGUCCGAGUGCCCCAGUCUCGGGCCAAAAAGAAAGAUGGCGAGGAAGAUUCGGCUCCUACAGCUGAAAGCAAAAUUAGUGCAGAGACUGCGGCCGUGCAAAAGGCCGUGGCAGCAGUGACUGGUACGACUGCCGAUCUGCGUAAACUAAAAAUGAAGGAGGCUGGUGAUGUAUUGCGCAAUCUGGGUCUGGCUGACGCAGAUAUUAAGAAAUUGCGCCGCUGGGACCGAAUUCACAUGGUGCGCGAGCUAAGUAGCCGUGCUACAGCCCACGGUGUGGCGGGUAGUUUGAGUAAAUUUGCACGUGGUGCUCGCAAAUCGCUUUCGGCGCAACAGCAAGAGUAUCGAAAGAAGUGUGACGUGAUUUAUGAGCGCCAAAUGGAUGUGCUCAGUUCGGCGAAGACCACGUUUUCUUCCGAUGAAGAGUCAGACGGUGAUGAUGAGCUUGACGAAUUAGGUGCUGAUGUUGAGGCCGACAUCUUAGGUGGCACGGACACGAAGCGCGGUCCAAAGAAUUUGUUCCGCAGUGGCGGUGGAGGUCUUAACCGCUCGAAGGAAGUGCUUGCCGAGCGGGAAGAUGCUGUGGAGCUACGCCGCCUCAUGGAGGAGAUGAACGAAGACCAAGGUGGUAAGGCAACAAGCGCAGUACGCCGGCCUGAUGUUGACACUAACGGACUGCGCAACCAACUACGUGCAAGUGGAAUUAGAGAGGGCGGAACGGGGACUAGCGGCAUUUCGUCGGUAUCAGGCGUGGGAGAACGGUCAAACAUGAUGUCUCGCGCUGGAUCGGCAGUGUCGUCUGCAAUGGCGACCCCUACCGGUCAAUUAUCGCGAGUGUCUUCACCCACCCAUGGAAGCCGCACGCCAGCCGUGUCAGAGCCACCGAGCGCUUCGAAAAAGAUUCCUGGACGAAAAGUGCUAAAGCGUGUUGUUCGAGUGGUUGAGGAGGACGGCAGCGAGACAGUUCGGAUCCAGUUCAUUGUGGAUGAAAAGCAGGUGGCUCGCUUCCGUGCGAUGCAGCAGCGCAAAGAGCGUCAGCUGAAGUCCGACGAGCGUAACCAGCUGCGGAAGCGGAAGCGUAUGCUAGCUUUAGAAGAUGACGCAACAAGCCAGAGUUUGCUGGACAAGGCCAAGCGACGCAAACAAUUGCAAGAAGAAUUGAAGCAGUUGCGAAAGACCGAAGCGCAGAACAAGGGAUACCAGGAGAUGUUAAAGAAGGGCGAAGCUGAUGACAGCGUAGAAAAUGCCGAUACUGAAGAUGCAAAUGGCAAGGGCGCAAUUCGAUGUACACAAUGUCUACAAGUUGGCCACAUGCGUACGAAUCGCAGCUGCCCACUCUAUAUGGCCGAUGAAGCUCGUACAAAAAAACCUGUCUUCUCGUCAGGAUUACUCGCGAAUGCUGUGCCGGCUGAACCGUUGAAGCUGACGGUCAAGAAGACCCCAUCAACGGUCAGUGGUGGCGAAUCCGUCACAAAGAUCACCGUUAAUCUCGCAGAGUUGCGUGAAGGUGCGCGCAAACACCACGCCGAAAAAAAGCGGAAACGAGAGAUGGAAGUACGCGAGCAGGCAGAGUUGUACAAGCGUCCGUACGCAAAGGGCGCUAUAAAACUGAGUCGCUCCCGUAUGCCCGUAGAGCACCUCAACAAUGCUCUGGAGGUGGUACUUCAGCAUUUGCUCGAGAUGCCGGAAAGCGAGCUCUUUCGCCUACCCGUGGAUGCAGCCACCGUUCACAAUUACUACCAGAUUGUGAAGCAGCCGAUGGAUUUGAGCGCCAUUCGCCACAAGAUUGAGGCCAAAGAAUACGACUCGAUGCGCGAGUUUGUGAAGGAUCUGGAGCUCAUUGUGAACAACUCGCGCAUCUUCAAUGGCGACCCGACUAAGUCAGUUAUCACGGCUAAUGCACAAAAGGUGCUUCGUCGUGCCCAGGACGAGAUGGCUGUGCUCAGUGCAGAAGGUGGCAUGACUCCCACUACGCCAACGACUGCUACAACAGCCAUGCUGACGUGA